AUGGUUUUCGCCGUUCAAAUGGUUAACGAGAAUCCCCAGCUCCUACCAAAUCUCACUCUUGGCUACAACAUGCAUGACAACUAUGUCAGCACCCUUGCUACUUCAGAAGCCUUGCUGGACAUCCUCUCUACUGGGCAAGCCAAUGUUCCCAACUACAGCUGUGGGAGGAAGGAAAACCUUUUGGCUCUUGUUGAUGCAGCUAAGAGGGAAACCUCCAUUCAGAUGUCAACAUUAGUAGGUACCUACAAAGUCCCACAGUUAACAUUUGAAGGUGUGCCAGGACCAAUUGAAGGGAAAGUCUGGAUCGUGGAAAGCAUCGAGUAUUUGGUAUUGGGACGGGAGAAUCUUGACGAAUAUGUCCAUAGUAUUUGGAGCUUUGCUUUUCAGGAAAAAACAAGGCCAGAAGAUUCUGAACCCAGCCAAUUUGUGAAACUGAAAUUUGCGGAUCGAUCCAGGAGGAGAAGUAAAAAGGGCCAAGAGAGGUUGGAGGCCUCAAGACUGCAGCCUUGGCAGUUCCAUCCAUUUCUGGAGAAGAAUGAAUUUUGCAACAUUUCCCAUCGGAAAUUGUACUUGGACCGAAAGGGAGAUGUAACAGCAGAUCUGAAUGUCAUAACCUGGGUGUUUAUUCCCGGGUUGGACCCCAUUGACGAAGAACUGGGGAAUUUUGAAAGGCAGAGAUUUACAGUCAAUAAAGAUACUCUGUCAUUGCUAAACUUUUUCAACAAGUCGCUGCCUCAGUCCAAAUGUGUGGAAAAUUGUCACCCUGGAUUUGUCAAACAGGCUCAAGAAGGAGAGCCAGUUUGCUGCUACAACUGCGUUCCUUGUCCAGAGGGGACCAUCUCCACUCAGGAAGAUACAGAAAAAUGCACCAAAUGUCCACUUGAUCAAUAUCCGAAUGAGGACCGAGUCCAAUGUAUCCCCAAAAUAACAACCUUCCUGUCUUAUGAAGAAAGUCUGGGCAUCAUCCUUGUAUCUUUUUCCCUAUUCUUGUUCUUAACCACAACCUUUAUUUUAAUUAUAUUCAUUAAAUACCGAGAAACUCCCGUUGUCAAAGCCAACAACCGAGACCUCUCCUAUACCCUCCUGGUCUCCCUCCUGCUUUGCUUCUUGUCUCCUUUUCUUUUCAUUGGUCAACCAGGGAAAGCUACCUGCCUUCUCCAGCAAGCAGUGUUCAGCAUCGUCUUCUCAGUUGCCAUUUCUUCUCUCUUGGCCAAAACAAUCACAGUGGUGCUGGCUUUCUUGGCCAAAAAGCCAGGAAAUCAAGUGAAGAGAUGGUUGGGGAAGAGCUUGGCCAACUCCAUCAUCCUUUCAUGUUCUGCUGUCCAAAUUAUUAUCUGCUCCAUCUGGCUGGGAGUUUCUCCCCCUUUCCCUGACUCUGACCUCCACUCCCAACCCAGAGAGAUCAUCCUGAAAUGCAACGAAGGCUCUGUUAUCAUGUUCUACAUCACCCUCAGCUACAUGGGCUUCCUGGCUGCCAUCUGCUUCACGGUGGCCUUUCUGGCCAGAAAUCUCCCUGGGGCCUUCAAUGAAGCCAAACUGAUCACCUUCAGCAUGCUGGUCUUCUGCAGUGUCUGGGUGACUUUUGUGCCCACCUAUCUGAGCACCAAAGGGAAAUACAUGGUAGCCGUGCAGGUCUUCUCCAUCUUGUCCUCCAGUGCUGGUCUGCUGGUCUGCAUCUUCAUCCCCAAGUGCUACAUUAUCAUUCUGAGGCCAAAGCUGAAUACAAAGGAGCAAAUAUAUGUGAGAUAG